UGCCACUGGGCAGGGCCUCACUAUAAAAGCUGACUUCGCUAACCCUAAGUCAGGUAGUUCUACCCGUCUUUUCACAAGAUAAACUAACUAAUCCAAUAUGAAACUGUUGAUUGUUUUGUUCGCCGUCGUGGCCGCCGUUGCUGCUUACCCAGGCUGGGAGCACCACCACGCUCACCAUGUCGAUGCUAUCCACGUUCCCCAACCACACCCAAUCCCACCUCUUCACCCUGAGCCACUCAAGUUGAAGGUUCAUCCCCAUGUCACCAAAAUCCACUACGACCACCCCAAGGUCCACCAUCCCCAUCUCAUCGGCCACGAAGUCGCCCACCACGAACCAGAAGUCAAAUACGUCAAACACGAAGUCCACCACGAACACGGACACGGAUGGGCUUAAUUUAUCAACAACCACGACAUUACCCAGUGAUCACCAACUGGUUCAACGUUUAGUCCAUACACAGUAUCCAUCCAUCGUCAUCAAGUCUUCAAAUCUCAUCGUCACAGUGAAACCAAAGCCGUAUUAACUAGCCUUCAGUCUUACACUCGUUGGCUAGUCAACAUUUUGGCAGCAACUGAUCCAUUAGACUUAUCAAUAAAAUAGCGGCGUCAAUAUUUAUUAUUACCAUUGGAUUUAUAUUUAAAAGUAACUUUUAGCUCUCAGCUAUCAGUUACUGUGAUGUUAAAAAUAAUAUAUAUCUGUGAUAUGGACUACUCAAAGAACCAGGACCAAGGCAACUUAACAUAUAAAAUAAAAAGUCCCCCUGCAUCUUAUUUAAAAUUCAUUAAAUUGUGCGGCAUGUGAUAUCGAAAUGGAUAUAACGUCACCGUUAUUUUAUUAUACAUUAUAUCUCCUGUCAAUACUUCUGUAAACUUCAACAUUUUUCAUUCAGGACUUUGAAUCUAUUUAUUUUAAAUAAAUGCUCAUUUAUAUGUCUUGUGAUAAAAA